UUCAACCUCGGUUCACCAUCAACACACCGCAGACUUGAUAGAGAAUGUCGUCCGGCAAUGCACCAUCGAAGGCGAACAAGACCAUCGUAGACCGUCCGAUGCCGAGGGGGAAGGCAGAAGUGAGCCUCAGCUCCUUCUGCUUCUUGUUCUCCGAAAUAGUUCAGUAUUGUCAAAACCGCGUCAACACGACACAAGAACUAGAGAAGAUGCUCGCCGAGAUAGGACAUAAUGUGGGGGUACGAAUGCUAGAAUUGAGCUCGCUUCGGGAGAAAGCAGGAUUCAAGAGAGAGAUAAAGAUUGUUGGGAUUUUGAGUUACAUCAAAGACACGAUCUGGAAGGUCAUGUUCGGCAAAGUCGCAGAUUCGCUGGAGAGAGUGACGGACAAAGAAGACGAAUAUAUGAUACACGAGAAGGAUCCUCUUGUCAACACAUACAUAUCCGUCCCCAAAGAAUACGGGCAUCUGAAUUGUGCGGCGUUCGUAGCGGGGAUUGUUCAGGGGAUUCUUGAUUCUGCUGAUUUCCCUGCACGCGUGACAGCUCAUACUGUUCCCGUCGGUGCCGACACACGAACGACAAUCUUGGUCAAAUUCACGCCACAGGUGAUGGAACGAGAGAAGCGGAUCGCAUAAGUUUUUGUAAAGAAACAUCUUAUCAAUCGCUC